ACUCAGGAAUUACACUUUCUCAAACACUUCUUUCCCAACAACAAAAACAACUAAGUUUCGGUCCUUCUACAACACGUUUCUAUAUAUAUAUUGAAUAUAAUAUCUAUAAAGAAAAUAUCGCCAAACGGCGUUUUAGGUGAACCAAAUGAGUUCUUUGUGAGAAUUCUUUUUUUCUUCGAAUUAUUGAAAAUUAAACGCAUCGAAAAUGUUUAAACUUUUUCUACGCUUGCAGUGCCUGCUUUUAUGGAUGACAAUGUGUUUCGCCAAAAGGGGAUUUAUUCUGACGGCUCCAAAGUUAAUUGAUGCCGGAAGUACAGAAUACUUUACCUUCACAGCGUUUGAUGUCCCUCCUGGAGGUGUAGUCUCUUUAAAACUAUUAAACUAUUACACGAACACCUUAUUGGCUGAGAGUGAAGUCAACGUUUUAAAUAAUAUGAAUAUGUGGGUUGAAAUGGAAGUGCCUCCGAUUCCAGCUGUCUCAAAAGCAAAAUUACAGGUUCAAGGAAAUUUCAGCGAUGGCUACAGAAUAAAGGCAGAAAAAGAAGUACACAUACGUCACAGCUCCGUUCUUACUUUUGUACAGACAGACAAGCCGAUCUACAAACCAGGCCAAAUAGUCAAGUUCAGAAUUCUACCAAUGGACAAUCAGUUGAGACCACUAGAACCAAAUACGGUUGGCGACAUUUGGAUAGAAGAUCCCAGUGGUAUUAGGGUGGCUCAGUGGCAUAAAAUAGAAUUUAAAGAAGGAAUGGUGCAGCUGGAACUUCCGUUGUCUAAUGAGCCUCCACUAGGAUUGUGGAACAUAAAGACAGUCAUCAACGAGGUCACCACUGCACAAAGGUUUGAAGUCGAGAAAUACGUGCUCCCGAAAUUCGAAGUGAAAAUCAAACCACCAUCAAUCAUAAUGGCCGAUGCUGAAACAAUACCUGUCGAAAUCUGUGCCUGGUAUACAUUCGGGAAGAAAGUGGAUGGUAAACUGAAAACCAGAGUGAGCUACAAGAGAAUGUCAUGGGACAGCAAACAGAUUCCUUCUGUCGAACAAUCUGGACUCAUUUCAGGCUGUCACAACAUCACUGUUAGCACUUACUCUCUCCAAAUGCAUAAGGGGCAGUAUCACCGCAGAGCGUUGGAGUUUUUCGCUGAAGUCAUCGAAAAUGGAACAGAAAUUGUGGUCAACGAAUCCAUCACGAAGAAUGUAAUGAAAUCUCCUUUGACAAUAGAAUUUCUUGGUACAGAAGAUGCUGAUUACUUUAAGCCUGGUAUUCCUUUUUAUGGGCAGGUUCAAGUUAGGAAAGCUGAUGGGGAAGCUGCACCAUCGGAGAAAAUUACUAUCUGCGUCUAUGACCGUAACAUGCAGAGAAGUCACUCAGGAUGGUCUCCCUAUGAUAGAGAAGAGGACAGCAACAGGUGCCACCGAUACACCACAAACAAAAAAGGGCGUUUUCGUUUCAGUAUAGCACCACAACCUUCAUCCAUCACCAAGCUGACCCUCGUGGCAGAAGCUGUGAAACACGAGUCUCAACAUUAUGAAGGUAUGAGUUACCUAAAAAAGAUCGAAAAACCACAGGCAACGCUGACACUCAACCCGUGGUAUUCUCCAUCUAGAAACUACCUGCAGAUACAAUCCACUCCAGACGAAAUGGAAUGCGACAAGAUGCACAGGGUCAAGGUUCGAUACACGGGACAGAAAGGAGCUUCCAUUAAGUUCUAUCACAAAGUGAUAUCGAGAGGAAGAAUAGUCCAGCAAGGAUCUCACCAGAGAACGUUCUAUUCCAAAGACGAGAGCGUUAAUCGCAGGUACGACUUUGCUCUUCUCACUGCUGGAUCGAACAGUCGUUCAUACUAUCCCCUCAGGCCGCCUACAGUCAGUAACGAAACUUCGAUGCCGGAAUUGGGAGAAUUCGAUCUCAGUUUCGAUCCCAGGGCCACCAUGUCUCCCGUCGCCCGUCUCCUCAUUUAUUACGUUCGAGACGAUGGCGAGGUCGUUGCGGACAGUAGGAAAUUCCGCAUAACAAAAUGUUUGCUAAAUAAGGUGAAUCUCCACUUCCGUCACGAGCAGCAAUACCCGAGUACAGAAGCAUCACUCUUACUGUCAGCCACUCCUUCUUCUGUUUGUGGCAUAGGACUGGUGGACAAGAGCGUCCUUCUGCUGAAACAGGAGAAACAAUUCAACAUAGAAAAGAUAUUUGAAAUCAUGAAGGGCUUUGACGUGGACAAGAGUACUAAGCCAUUACAAGUUUCAGAUGAUUACUGUUCGAAAAAAGCCGAUAAGCCUGAAAGCCUACCAGAUCCACCCGUCUUCUUCGAUCAGGAAGGUCGUCGAAGGUCCGACCGAAGGGUCCGUUAUUUGUCCAGAUUAGAGUCCUAUCAUGCAGACACAAUCAUGGCCUUCGAAGAAGCAGGUAUGGUUGCCAUAACAGAUUUUGAGCUGGAGAUGAGACCAUGCCAGAAUCGAGAACCCAUCGCCUUUGAGUUGAGCGAAAUGAACGAAAAAGGAAUCCAGAUGCUUGCCAGAAGGAAUGGAAGACCACGUAUGCGUGCAUACGCUGGACAAUCUAUGCCAAUUCGUGCUGAGUUGCAGGUGCCAUCAUUGAAAUCGAGUGAUCCACAACCAGAGGCUCCAUCUGUAGAGGAGAUUCGUAACUAUUUUCCAGAGACAUGGUUGUGGGAAAUGCAGACUGUCGGAGGAAGUGGGGAAACUGCCAUGCGUAGAAAACUGCCCCACACCAUAACACAGUGGACCGGCAAAGCAGUUUGUGUCCACCCCAAAACCGGACUGGGCAUCUCGGAUGAUGCAAGAAUCACUGCAUUUCAGCCAUUCUUUGUUGGCUUCCGGCUGCCUUAUUCCAUUGUGAGAGGAGAAAUACUUCCACUUGUUGUUACAGUGUUUAACUAUCUGACGGAGUGCCUACCUAUCAAACUAUCUUUAGAGUCCAGCGAGGAAUACAAGAUCCUGUCUGAGAGCGGUUCCCACAAGGUUUGCGUGUGUGGUGGACAGAGUGCUUAUCACAAAUUCGUCCUCAAACCUACAGCACUGGGGAUGGUGAAUGUCACGGUGUACGGAUAUUCCCUCGAAGACGACGAUGAAGUGUGCGGCAACGAAAUCACAGCCAGGCUCAGCGCUCGAGACGCAGUCUCGAAGCAACUGAAAGUCGAGGCAGAAGGUAUACGGAAAGAAGAAGUAACCAACUAUUUUAUUUGUCCAAAAAACACAAAUGGUUCGUAUGCUACUGAAAUAGAUUUAAUACCACCGGAUGACGUGGUUGAAGGUUCUGCUCGUGCCUUCAUAUCUAUAUCAGCUGAUUUGAUGGCGCCUGCUCUGAAUAGUCUGCAAGAACUUGUAAACCUGCCAGUGGGAUGCGGCGAGCAAAAUAUGAUUCUUUUCACCCCGAAUAUCUUUGUCCUAGAUUAUUUGACAGCCACUGACCGUAAGACUCAAGACAUAGAGAAUGAGUGCAUCAAAAACAUGAAAAUAGGUUACCAGAGAGAGUUAAAUUAUCGUCACAAGGAUGGUUCCUACAGUGCUUUCGGUGAAAGGGACAAAGAAGGUAGCCUUUGGUUGACUUCUUUUGUCAUCAGGUCAUUCGGUCAAGCUACACGCUUCAUUGAUAUUGACAGACAAGACAUACAGGUUAGCGUCAACUGGGUUCUGGAGAAUCAAUUCGAAAAUGGCUGCUUCCAACCGAUUGGCACUCUUCACCACAAAGAUAUGAAGGGUGGUCUGACUGAAGGAGAACACUCAUUGUCUCCUCUUACAGCCUACGUCUUGAUCGCGAUGAUUGAAUCAGGUAUGGUUAGGAAUGAUCAAGGGGAAGCUAAGAAUGCCGUGAAAUGCCUACAUGAAGAUCCCAAUCCCAAUUUGUACGCCCUCUCUCUGUAUGCCUACGCAUGCGCACUCAUGAGGCAAAAUGAGACAGCUAUAAAGUAUUUGAAAUUGCUGGACGACCGGGCCUUUGAUGUAGGGGGACUUAGACACUGGAGUUCAGAAGGAAAAGGCCUAAAGUCCAAGUCUAUUAGUGUUGAGAUUGCAGGAUAUUACAUCCUUGCCAGAAUAGAACUGGAGAAUGAUGAGAGCACAGAAAGUGUCCUACCAGUGGUACGAUGGAUUGCUAAACAAAGAAACUCUAAAGGUGGAUUUAUUUCAACCCAGGAUACAAUAGUAGCCCUACAAGCAUUAGCCCGUUACGCAUCUAUCCAAACGAAAGGGACUGUAGACUUGGGUCUCGCCGUUGAAGCUGACAAUCUUGUUAAAGGAUUCAAACUAAACGAAGAGAACAAACUCGUGACCCAGAAGAUGAAGAUUCCAGAAGUUCCAACCGUUGUGGAUUUACAGGCUGUGGGAGAAGGAUGUGCUCUCGUCCAAUUCACUUUCCGUUACAACGUGGAGAGGGCAGUCGGAAGCGAUGCUUUCGACUUGAAUGUCGACGUUGUACGAAUGGGAAGCAGUGAAUGUAAUUUACCUAGAAUCGGCAUUUGUAUGAGGUACAAAAUACCUGAUCAAACUUCAAACAUGGUUGUCGUGUAUGUGAAAAUGGCGUCUGGAUUCACGCCUGACGAAGAAAGUCUUAAUAAACUUCACUCGGAAAUAAACAUCAGUUUGAAGCGGUACGAAGUCGAAGAAAAUGUAGUUAAUCUUUAUUUUGACCAGUUGACGAACGAACAAAUGUGCUUCACAUUCUAUGUUCGAAAUGAAUUGGAAGUAGAAGACAUAAAACCAGCCACCAUAACGAUUCAAGAUUACUAUACACCAGAACUCCAGGUGACAAAAGAAUAUUCAAUUCCAUCAGCCUGCUCUGUUCCUGGUCUACCCGAACUCCCAAGACUACCACCACUUGUGAUCAGCUCAAACGACGAGAUAUCGACGUCAGAAACAGAUUUCGAUCUUUUCACGUCUACGAACAAUCCAGAAACAGUUGAAGUGAACACCAUUCCGACCACACUUGAAGAUGGCAACGAUGAAAGUGCAGUUACUGAAAAUAUCGAUAAUACAACAAUGACCGAUUUCAAUAAUCAUACGGAUGGCGAAACAACGACGUUCGACAUUUCAGUUGAAGAAUCUGUGACAAAUCAAACGCCAACAGACGAGAAUGGCACAAUGGCAGAGAAUGGCACAAUGGCAGAGAAUGGCACGAUGGCAGAAUCAUUAAACAGCUUGGACGUCGAGUUGGCUGAUGACAGUUUCUCUCUACUAAUGAAUGAUAAUACCAGUAGAUUGUCGAACUUUAUAGAUGUGGACCACGAGCUAGAUUUUCCAGAAGGCAUUGAAGGGGUUAUUCCAGUAACGGUUGUUCCACCGAAACUAACGUCAGAGAAAUCUACGAUUAACUGUCCAAUAUGCAGUGAAAGAUUUCCAGAAAAUUUUGAAGAAAUAUACUGCGGAUCUGCAUUUGUACUGAAAGUUCGGCUUGUCGACGCCAAUUCUGUGAGAAUAAUACAAGAUGUCAGUCCUUUGCUCGCCAAACCUAUUACAGUGAAGAAAUUCGCAGCACUACACUACGACAAGGGAUGCGAGUGUCCACUACUCCAGCGGAGAGGGAGCUUUCUUCUAAUAAUGGGAGACAAUGACACGCUGUGGGUCAAAGAAAAAGAUCAAGAGAUUCACCUGAAAAAAAUAACGCACGUUAUUGCCACUUCAAGUAGAACUGCAGAGCCUAACAAAAUAAGAAAUGCGAAAAUAGCAUGCGCAGACGAUCCGUGAACAAGAUCUAAAUUCAUGAGAGAAGUGUAAAUGAAGCAACUGUAUAUAAACAUAGACAAAUAAAAAAAAAGCGCUUAAUUUCUGAUGAUCGUAAAAUAACCAGCCAGACUUCAUUAUUUUACGAAAGUUAAAAGUUAAGUACUAGCAAUGAUUUUUUAUAAUUAAACUCAUAUCAUCCACAUAUUUUAUUGUAUGUAAAAUCAUGGCCAUUGCCAAUGAAUAAUAAAAAAGACAAAACCA